UACAUCGUUUGCGUCGACGGUCUCUGCCACUAGAAAGUCGUUGGCAAUUGUUGGGUGCGGUUGUCGGAGAAAAGUGUGUCGGUUAAAUUUCACGAGAAAGUUUUCCGUGGUCGUAAAGUGCGAAAAGUGAACCAGCGUGGGAGAAAAGAAGGUUAUCGCUGCUGUGUCGUUGGAAUUUUACGUUUCGUUUCCUUUGUCGAUUCUCCUGGUACUUGAAGGACUGAAGAAAACGAUUUUGACCGCCGUUUACGAUUGGAAAAAUCGCAAUCGCAACAUCUCUGACUUCUCAGAGCUUCAUUUCGUUAUUUUGGAGUAACCAUCCUAACAAAUUUGAAAAUUUGAAAACAAAACAGAAGCAACGAUCGCUGGAACUCCGUACAUUCGAAUUGUUUAUGUUAAAAAUAAUCAUCGAUAGCCGCGAAAGAACUAUUGAGAAACACUUGAUAUUUCUCUUCGCGCUGGAGCGUCGACGAAUAAAUACUAAACGUGAUCGUGCGACGUGGCGACGACGCCAUUUUGUGAAGACUCCUGUGUGCAUUCCGUGAGCAACAACGGCCUCCCUCGAGCCGUGACCUCUCAAAUCACGAAAGGAAUAUAGUAUUUUCUUUCGUGAUUUCCUCGGGAGAAAAAAACAACGGAAGAAGUGGCAGAAGAGGAAGAGUGGCGUUGUAACAUUAACAAAAUUUUAUCAUAGAUCGCAUAGCAACCAUGAGACUGGAAAUUGUGUCAGCAGCGGAUUUUUUGGUGCAUUUACUACGUCUUCAGGCAGGCCAAUUGUCUGAACGCCAGCUGGAGAUGUUCAAGUCCUCUCUAACGGAGGUUCUGCGUCAUCGUUAUAGGGAUCACUGGUUUCCAGAUCGACCAAAUCGCGGUUCCGGUUACCGUUGCAUACGCAUCAACGGUAAAAUGGAUCCAGUAAUUGCACAGGCAGGCGCCAAUGUUGGUUUACUGCCAACGGUAUUGCACAGCUUGUUCCCAAGCGAGCUUACCAUGUGGAUUGAUCCAUCGGAAGUAUCAUAUAGAAUCGGUGAAAAUGGGUCCAUUUGUGUUCUAUACGAACGUACAGAACCUGAACCUGAGGAGUCUCAACAUCAACAUCAGCAUCAACAUCAGCACCAACAUCAGCAUCAUCAUCACCAGCAGCAGCAGCAACAGCAGCAGCAACAGCAACAAUUUGAGAGUUGCAAGGAUUCGUUAUUGUUGGAGCACUCGCAAUUUAGCGAGCAGAUCGCUGCAUUCGUUUCCAGUUGAAGCGUUUUUUCACACAAAUUCAUCGAUGCGAAGAUAUUAGCGUCUUGCUUCAUUUUCAUAGGAUGUGCAUCACGCUCUCGGACUGAUCAAAGCAUAUGCGUUUCAUGAUAUGUGAUCGCGUUUUUCCGGUCGGGUGAAUAAUUCACUCGUGCACACGAACGCGCUAAUUCUACUCUGAGUCGAGUUCCGAAGAAAAUCAAGUGCAACAGAGGCUCCUUCUUGUGCGCACCGUUUUAUCAACAAUGGACAGCAAAUGUAUUAAAAAAAAGUGUAUAACCAAUUUUUUCUUUUUUUUUGGCUAAAUCCGAUUUAUCGAAGAAAUUCGUCCAAUACGUAUCGUCCAACGGGUUCCGAGUGACUCGCAAUAAUCGUUUUUACGAUUGACUCUAGUCCAGCAUAUAUACGCGAGUCAUUACGCUAAAGAUAUGUCAAACUAUAAAAAAGAAGAGAAAGAGGAUACUCAUGGAAAGGAAAGUGGUAACGAUUAUCAUUCGAAUGUUCGAGGAGAAUACUGCGCGUUCGCGUAACGUGUGUACCCAGACCAGCGGUUCUCUUGCGUCCUGGCGUGUCUCGCGAAAAGAUCCAGUCUUUCUAGUUCUUUCCGUUGGAAAUACUGAUUGCUGACGAGAUCGCGCUUACAAAUGUGAGAAAAAAAUAUGAGCGAGCUCCGCGAGGAUCUCUCUCAGACAAAUUGAUCUCAGCUCUCCUCCGCGUACUUCCUUUGUUUAUCCUGAAAAGAAGUUACGUCUGGAAUGGGGAACAACGAACCAGUCUGAUCCCUCUCUGUUCUCGUGAGAGGAAAUGCGAAAUGAGCCUCCCUUCCUCGGGAAGGAUUCAACAACGUGUUUUUAUCAUCGCAAAUCUCUUUUCUUCCACGAUCGUCUCUUACGUAUCAAUGUAAUCGAUUAUUCCGAACCCUCUCGUGUUCUGAUGUUCUAUUCUCUCCCUCUCCUGAUGAAGAAUGUACAUCCAGGAUGAAGAUGAAAAAAAAAAGGAGUAGUAAUUCGCCCUUCGAUGGAAAAUCUACGAAUAUUUAUACUGCAUUCUCUCUUCUGUCCGUAUGGUCAUCACGCUGAUUAAGCUUCGUCAAGGAUUUUUUUCUCCCUAACCUCGCACCGCCAAUACAAAUUACCACUGAGCCACACACAGACUACACCAAACACAUAUUAGAAUAAAAGGCAUACAUGUUUCUGUUGCCACUUCGUUGAACAUAUGGAGAAGAAAUCUGUUAUCAUCAACAAUUGAUUCGAUCGAUGUCGACGUUUGAUUUCUCUUUGAUCCGGAGCUUCUCUUCACAGGACGCGUUAACAAGCAUGUCGGAAUCAUUAUUGUUACGGUGAUCCGUUAUCGUUCUGAAUCGUCCAUCAGCCAUUGUUUCAUUAAUCGUCGGUUGUAUCAAGCGAGUUUGAACUCGACCCAUGUGUUGGCGUCGUUGACACAACAAGAACACACGUUACACUUCAUACGUACAAACCUUUAACAAAAUGCGUGAGUUUAUAUGUACAUAUAUAUAGGUAUUAUGUAUGUGAAAGCAUGUAUUAUAUAUGUGCGAGCGGACGGAAAUCAUUGCUCGCAUAUACAUAUUGUGUCAAGUUGUAUAUUAUGUGUGAGUGAAUGUGCGAAAGAAAGAAGAAAGCGAGUGCAUGAGAGAGAGAGAGAGAGAGAGAGAGAGAGAGAGAGAGAGAGAGAGAGAGAGAGCGUAUGUGCAUGCAUGUAUUAAAGUAUGAAGUAAAUGAGAAUAAGGAAACAUGAAAUAAAUAACUGUGAUUUUCUUCAAAAGAAGAGGGGAUGUAUUUCGUGCAUAUGUCAAAUAAUCUUUUCUGGUGUUUCGGACGUGACGAGAGUGAUCGAAGAAUAUAUGUUGGUAAGAAUGGGAAGUGAGAAAAAGUGACCGUCAUCACGUGGUUAUCUUUCAGUCGGUUCAAUCAGUUUGCAUUUUGACAACAUUGCUAAUGAAUUGGCUGUCAUUGUCUUUAUUCAGUUUGCUUCCGUUUUCAUGCCGAACAAUUUUUCUUUCCUAUUAUUUUCAGUUUUCUAUUUUAUAAAAUUUAUUUAGCCGUGCAACUUUAUUUUAUUCAUAUAUACUUAUAAAGUAUUACUCGUUCGUUGUAAUAAUCGAAUGCAAUUAAGUAAAUAUAUGCAAUAGAAAUCUGAUGCGUAAAUAAAAAAAUAUACAUGUUCGCGCGCUUUUGUGUGUGUAUACGUAUACGUACAUACGUGUUUUUCAAUUUUAUUUACAACAAAAUUUUGCUAACUCGAGAAUUCAGUUUUUUUUAAACUUUUGAAGCUUUUUUUGGAGAUCAUUUUUUUUUUCUAUUAGAACUAAUACGCAUAGCCCUACUUCUCUGUACAUCUUAUAACGAAUCCAAGUUGAAAAUUUGUUUCAUAAAUAAAAGAUCAUCGUUUAGCACUCUGCUGACUUGUCAUAUCACGAAAAUUUUCGUUCUAAUAAUUUUUUAUUAUAGUUUACAAAAUGUAUAAAAAAUAUGUAUUUCAAUUUGUAAGAGUAGUUUUCAUUUAAAAUCUAGAAAAAUCGAGAAAAAAGCCCGAGACUGUCAUUGCUCAAAUCUACAAAGUUUAAUGGAAACAUGUGAAAUUUUCGAGUUAUCGAAAUUUUCUUGACAGGAAUUCUGCUGUUUCAAGAUAAAAAUUAUUGAAUUAUACAUAUGUUCGUAUAUGUAUAUAUAGAUAUACGAUCGUUUCGUCAUGGGUUCUCCGGUGGCGUAUCUCGCUUACGCGGAUUUCAAUAAAAAACUACCAAGUCGAAUAUGAAAACAAGCAUUGUCUGAUAAUGCCAUUAAAAUCAUCGUCGGAUGAUGUAUUGUUGUUUCUUUCUUUUUUUUUCUGUGACGUAAAUACUUGUUCGGAUACUCGCGUGAUAUUACGCGCAAAAAUUGGACCGUGAUGUGCAAGAAUUUGAGAGAAUGCCGUUCGUUUGAUAAUUAUAAUAUGGAGUCGUGAACUAGUGUUGUGUGAUAAAAAGUAAAAAAAAAAAAAAAACAAGAGAAGAAAAGUGUGUUUGUGAAGAAUAGAGCGAAAAGGAAACGGGAAGAAUUUGUCGCGUUCGGUGUCGAAUCAGGAGAUUCUGUAUGUAGCAAUUAUAUAGAAACAAUGUCUGUGAUUAUAUUAAAAAUAGAGAGACAAUAUGAGCAAUUUCUGUGUGCGGACGACCUAAUUAAAAGUGUGUGUAUACGUAUUUGAACAAGAUCACGCAUGCACAUGCUUGUAUAAUACCAAUAUUUAAAAGUAUAUAUAUAUAAAUAAAUAUAUUUAUAUUGGAAAGUAUGCGUGGCAAUUUUAAACGGAUUUUUAGAUUAUUUAUUUUAGCGAUCAACCUCUAUGGAUUGUGCAUUAUGUGUCUAUAGAAACAUUAUACGCGUUAAUUCGAUUCUUUCGUUCUCCCAUUCACGUAAACGAAUUGUAGUUUAUAUUGAAAAAGGUUUGAUCGCUCGAAUUAUGCAGUUUUUAAUCAAUAUGUUAUAUACAUUUAUUUUGAUAAUUUGCAGUCAAAUAAAUUUGAUACGAAUUUGCAGCUAUUCCAUUAAAAUUGCUAAACAUGCUCAGUUUGCGAAAUUGUACCGAGCGCGUAACAAAUAACAUAACAAACAAGGAAAGAUUUGAAUUCGCUCUGAAAAUCAGAAAUGCAAACCGUUUCUCUCUGAACGACCCAUUGAAAAAAAUUUGUUGAAAAGUAGUUAGACGAAACGGCGACAUAGAAAAUCUCACACACUAUGUAGUACUUAUUGUAGAAUCGUAUAGCACAGCUUUAGAUGAAAGCUAGAAAAUAUUCCUUUUUCGUUUUAUUUGCCCUUUGGUUGGAGCCAUGAGGAAACGAAAUUUUCACAAUAUCGUAUAGGAUGCUCUCGUUUGAUAUAUACUGUUGUAUGUAGAAUAUACAAGUGUAUAUCACACGUAAUAAAUGGACGUAUAUAUGAAAUGUAUGAGCGAAAAAACAAGCGGAUAUUCAGCGAAACAAAUUGUGAGAUCGAGAGCGAAAGAAGUGCAAAAUACUAUUUCACGAGUGAAUUGUAAUUACUAUAUAUACAUAUAUAUACGGAUAUAUUAUAUAUACAUACUUAUAUGUAUACAUAUAUACAUAUAUAUAUAUAUAUACACACACACAUCUUGUAUACAUAGAGUCCUUCAGGAAGAAUUUGUACAAACAAACCCGCUGGAAUAAAGCACCAGCAAGUCUGUGAUUUUAGCUUGGUUAAUUCAGUAUUUUUUUAAAUAAAAUGAGACAAAAUCAAGAUAAAUAAUUAAAAAAAAAAAAAAAGAUCGAACUGCGAGAGAGUUCUUGAAUGAGACACGAGCAAAAGAAAGUUCUGCAUGGGAAAACAGUGUACGUGUGCUAUGGGUCAGGAGUGGGGAUGAUGCGGACGAGCGCAUGCGGGAGGAAGAAGAGGGAAACGCAAAGAAGAAAAAAUAUUUUGAAGUGCAAACAGGAAAAUAUUUAUUGCGUAUACAUUUAAUACGACAUUUGUACAAACAAUCAUGGUAAUUAAAAAUUUUAAUUUUAUUUAUGCAAAUACGCGCGAUUAUAAAUUGUGCCCUGAAUUUUACAAAAUUGUAAAUACGAUAUUAAUAUAUAUGCGAUGUAUUUUGAUCAUAAGUUCGUAAAACAAAAGCGAGAAUUUUUCUUUAUUUUUGAAAAUGAAAUUGAAAUUGGAUAUGUAUAUAUUUAUAAGAUACCAUGUUUUAAUUUCUUCUGGCUAGAGCUAGUUUAAUUAUAAGUCGCACAAGUUGUACUUGCAAAAUUAUAUAUGUUUAUUUUGAAUUUUGCAGUCGCAUCGCGUGCAAUUUUGUGAUUAUUUCGAAAGAAGAUUUGUUGUACAAAUUAAUAUGUGUGUCUUCCGUUCAUAUCUUUCAGUGUGUUGUUCCCUCUGCUUUCUCUGUUGACAUAGAUUGUUGAGUAAAAAAGAUUGUGUGAUUGAGAAAGACGAUAGUCAAAAUUACAAAUUUAAUAUAUAUGAAGCGCGAAAUCAGAGUAUAUGCCGCGUGUCUUUCUUUUUUGUGAAGUAAAUUAUUUCGUUGGGACACCAGAAAGGAGAAUGCACGAGAGAUAUAUAGAGAGAGGAGGGUAUAACCUAAAGAGGAGAAAAAGAAAAAUCCAAGCGAUUAGUUGAAAUUAAAGUCAAAGCAUUUUUUCGCGAGCGUGAGAGAAAGACAGCGUGGAAGGAAGAAGAGAGCUAGAGAAAAAGAGGGUGAGGUUGAGAACAUAAUGAGGCAUAAAAAGAAGAAUGAACAGUAAGAGAGCGUGAGGCCCGACAGGGGUGCUCAACUCGGGUAUAGUGGGCCGUGGGUUCCAUUGUGGUAACAAUUGUGAUGCCGAAUUUAUUGUACUGAUUAAGAAAAAUUCAUAAUAAUUUUAAUGCAUAUUCGCGUCAAAGACGAAAAACAAAAAGACACCGACCCAAGGUCAUCGAGAUCCGAAUUCGGCGGCCCUGUUGGCCAGUGCACAAGAAAAAAAACAUUCGUUUACACAUAUACAAACGUACAGAGACAGACAGGACAGAUAUAGACAUAUAUAGGACACAGACAAAUUUACACAUACACAUAUGACACGACAUGAUACAUUACUAUACGUUUUUGAAAUAAUUGCAAUCGAAAUGAUCUGUUUGAAAAAUAUUGUAUAAAAAACGUUCGCUUGGUCGAUGUGUACACUGUCAUUGAAAGACAUAUGUAAAACAUUAUGUGGAAGACACGAAUGCACAUAAACAUGUAGACGAAUACACUUUGACGAGAUACAUGGAACAGACACGAGGAACACAUUACGUACACUCUCGAAUCUGUAGACUGUAGGUUUACUAUUAAUUAUUAUGGAUUAUAAUUAUUAUAUCUAUUACUAUAUCAAUGUAUAAUUAUAUUUAGUUUUUAGGUUACUAUGUCUAUCAUUUCCCGCUUGUACAUACGCCGUGAGCUCGAAAAAAUUAAAUCUUUAUCAAAAGAAAUCUAUAAUUUUUUCGACUGUUUUUGUACAGAGAUAAUAAAAACAAAGGCCUCGUGCUUAUGAAAUUUCAUGAAUAUAAAA